AUGAUAUUGAAGCUGUCUGGGGAUUAUCUGUGCUCAGGUGCCACGGUGCUUGAUUCGUUUAUUUACUACGUUUUUCAGAUAUUGAAAUGGCCAACUCCUCAAAUAAAGCAAGAUCAGCAGCAACCUCAGCAACCGUUACUGGCACCCCAGGUGAUAACAGUCAGUUCAGCCGUUGGCAACUUUGCAACUAAUGGUCUUCCCGUAACUCGCCCGGGAACAUCGGUUAUUGUGCGAACAACAACCAACCCUCCCACCUUAACGAGGAACCUCGUUGUUAUUCGUCCCUCUACCGUCACGGCGUCAACUACUCCCUCCGCCCCUCGGUUUUUUGUCCAUCCAGGUUCAUCGCGUCCUAUAUUGCCCCAAAUCGACAUCUCUUCAUCAUUGGAUGUGGACAAUCAGCCCGAUGCUAGCAACGCACCGGUUGCAACUCUCCUUCGCAACGCACCUAUCUCCAUGCGCUUUGACGGACACACACAGCCUAUCAGUACGGUUCCUGUUGCCAGUCGGCUAUCCUUGAUGAAGAGGCAUCCUGCUGGAUCAGGAAAUAUCGCAGCCACCGGGGCGCGAUUGGGAGCGGUAGCCGAGACGGCGGGAACUCUACCUCAGCCACUCAAUCACAAAAUUAUCCGAGAGAUGCAGGUUCGAGUUUGCACACGUGCGGACAGGAAGCUAAGCGUGUUUCACUAUAAUACCUACGAUCGAAUCGACCUGACGGGUGGAGACAGUAAAGGCGGGUCUUCCGCUCUCCCGGAGGUAUUUAUACAGCGUGAGAACAACCUUCGACAGUACAAGGCUUCUCACAGCAUCAUUGAUGUGCCAACUCGUGGAGCAGGCAGUGAGUUUGGCCAGGAGGCAAGGGAAGAGGCCCGUUUACGCAAGCUGGGUAUCGUGAGGCAGGGCUAUCGUGCAGAAGAUCAACCCUGGCUUCUUACCGUCGGCAAGGGGCGUACGGCGAAGCGCUACAGGGGUGUCAAAGAGGGCAGCGUAUCGACCAACGUGAGACACUUCGUAUUUUGUCAGACGAAAGAUGGGAACUUUGAUGCAUACCCUGUGCACGAGUGGUAUAAGUUCAGCCCCGAAGUCACAUAUCGCUACCUUCGUGACGAUGAGGCUGAAGCGGAAUUCAGCCGCCGGCAUAAAACGAUGAAUCUUUUCAAUGUCAUGGUUAAGAGGAAAAUGGCUGACAAGGCCACUGAGGAAGCUGUAGGAGAGGGUAACGAAACCCGUACUAAAUCUCGUAUUGGAACUAAGAACGAUAAGCUAGCAAAGCGGGAUCGCUCCUCCGCUCUCCUCUUGACGGAGCUGGAUGAGUGGAAGGACUUCGGUGCAGACGAUGAGGAGGAGGAGGAGGAGGAGGAGGAGGAGGAUGUAGCCGAAAGCAUCGGGGUAGGUGACCUCGAGGGUGAAAGGGGAGGAGAACUUGGCGAGGGUGGCGAGGCUGGAUUUCCGAAAAAGCUUGACGAGUUGGUAAAGAAGGCGAGCAGUAAAAAGAGGCGAGCGGCAGCGAUCGUGGCUCGUAAACGUAGGGCUACGAAACAGCGUGCCCGCCGACGGCGAAAAGGGGCAAUCGGAAACUCUUCGGGUGAGGAAGAUGACGUUAAUGAGGAGGCCUGGGAUGAGAGCGAUCCUGAUGAUCACGAGGGUGAUGAGGUUGACUACAUGACAGACUCUUCAUCUGAUGAGGAGAAACUCUCAGAGGACGAUCGAGAGCAGAUUUACCAGGAGCAAGGCGUUGAUGAGGAGGCAGGCCUCAAAGCUCUCCUUACUGAUAUGAGCGAUUCCGAAGAAGGGCAGCAAAACAAGCCAGACAAUUUGAAUCCUGACGAUUUUGACGAGGAUGGAGAUGAUGGUGGUGAGGAAGUAGAUGGCAAAGGUGAGCAUGAGCACAAAUUGAGGGCUAGCGAUCCCAAGAGUCGCCGUAGCAAGGCAAUCUCCUCGGACUCCUCUUCCAAUGAGGAUGACAGCGACGACUCGAGUGAUGAUUCUUCCAGUGACUCUUCCUCUUCGUCCGCCUCUGAUUCGGAUGUUGCGCCUGACGACCCUACCCGUCUCGCCAGAAAGGCCCAGAAGAAGGCGGAACUGCUUCAGCGUAUUUCGGACAAAGUUUCAUCCUCUGCCUCCCUUCCACAGGUUAACGAUCAGCCUAACUCUGGAGGAACAAUCAAAAGGCCCCUGGAGGACUCCGGUGUCACAAUGACUGCAGCCUCUGACAACCCUUCGAAGAGACCCAAACUAACUGAGCCAGCUACUGAUGACGCGUUUAUAGCGGCUGUACGAAAGUACCUGACACGCAAACCGAUCAGCGUAGCGGAACUUCUGAAGAAAAUUCGCUCUAAGCGCCUCGUGCCGCACUCCUCACAGACGGGUCGCAGCACUGGGGCCUUAGGCACCGACGAUGUAGCUGAGACGAUGCUCGCUAAUGCUCUGCGCCAACUACGACCCCUCAAACACAUAAUUAAUGGGCAACCUGUUCUUUCACUCAAGCGAUGA